AUGGGGGUCGGGGUCCCUUUAAGGCGGCGGCGGAUGGGGGGAGAGAGGUUCGGGAGGGGGAGGGGAGGGGAGGAAAGGGGUUCGGAAGGGUUCGGAGGGGGUCGGAAGGCACUCAGAGGGGAUCGGAAGGACUCGGAAGGGCUCGGAAGGACUCGGAGGGGGUCGGAGGGCACUCGGAAGGACUCGGAAGGCACUCAGAGGGCACUCGGAAGGGGUCGGAGAGCACUCGGAGGGGCUCGGAGGGGAUCGGAAGGACUCGGAAGGACUCGGAAGGCACUCAGAGGGGAUCGGGAGGACUCGGAAGGCACUCGGAAGGGGUCGGAGAGCACUCGGAGGGGGUCGGAGGGGAUCGGAAGGACUCGGAAGGACUCGGAAGGCACUCAGAGGGGAUCGGGAGGACUCGGAAGGCACUCGGAGGGGGUCGGAGAGCACUCGGAGGGGGUCGGAAGGACUCGGGAGGACUCGGAGGUGAUCGGAAGGGGUUCCGGAGGGGCUCAGAGGGCACUCGGAGGGGUUUGGAAGGACUCGGAGGGGUUCGGAAGGACUCGGAGGGGUUCGGAAGGGGAUCGGAAGGACUCGGAGGUGAUCGGAAGGGGUUUGGAAGGGGUCGGAGAGCACUCGGAGGGGAUCGGAGGGGUUCGGAAGGACUCGGAAGGACUCGGAAGGGCUCGGAAGGCACUCAGAGGGCACUCGGAGGGGUUCGGGAGGACUCGGAAGGACUCGGAAGGCACUCGGAGGGGGUCGGAGAGCACUCAGAGGGCACUCGGAAGUACUCGGAAGGGAUCGGAAGGACUCGGAGGUGAUCGGAAGGGGUUCGGAGGGCUUCAAGAGAGGUUCGGAGAGGACUCGGAGGGGUUCGGAAGGGUUCGGAGGGGUUCGGAAGGACUCGGAGGGGAUCGGAAGGGGUUCAGAGGGCACUCGGAGGGGUUCGGAGGUGAUCGGAAGGGUUCGGAAGUACUCGGAAGGGUUCGGGAGGGGCUUCGGGGGGGAGGGGAGGGGAGGGGGGGGGAAAGGGGUUCGGAGGCACUCGGAGGGGUUCGGAAAGGUUCGGAAGGGUUCGGAAGUACUCGGAAGGGGUUCGGAAGGGGUUCGGAGAGCACUCGGAGGGGUUCCGAAGGGGUUCGGAGGGGUUCGGGGGCACUCGGAGGGGUUCGGGCCGCACUCGGAGCUCCUUCAUGGCGGCCGCGGGGGAGGGAAGUGAGGGAGGACCGGAAGUGGGGGGGGGGCCGGAAGUGGGGGCAGCGCCGGAAGUGGAGGGCGGAGCGGAUGAGGAGGGUGGGAGCACCGGAAGUGGGAGGGCGGAGCGGAAGAGGGGGGUGGGAGCACCGGAAGUGGAGGGUGGAGCGGAAGAGGGGGGUGGGAGCACCGGAAGUAGGAGGGCGGAGCGGAUGA